ACACAAUGAUCGAAAAUCCGCAUAAAACCGUUCAUUUUCAAACUGAUUGUGUUCUGGAUACUUUCGUUGUCUGAUUACAAAUGUUGAGUGAUGGUAGACUGCAUGAGCCGGGGUCCCCACAUAAUGUGAGGUGUAGCACGUCAUGUCUACCCAGGAACCCAAGCCAGAGGCUUUCAAUCCUCUCGACAUUCUUGCUACAGCAGCUGCUCUCAAACAAGUCGACAAAGGUCAAGGAGAUAAAGGUCACGUAGACAAAGGUCAGGGACACACCAUGACUCAGUCAUCACCAUCCAACAGUGAGGACAAUGUUACUGACAAUAAUGCAGAUGCCAAAACCAGUAGUGAAAACAGCAAAAAUGGAAAUAAUGGUGUACACAUGAGGAAAAUCAGAGUGCUAAAAAUAACCUCAGAUAUAGAAAAAAUGUUAGACGAACACAACUAUGGAAAUUCCCGUAAAAAUUACGGAAAACCUUCAGGUUCAUGGCCUGAGACAAGUGUUAAGGACAGAAAAGUUAUUGUAACAGUGGUGAACGGGACAGGUGAUCAUACAGUGGUAAAACCUAUUGAUUCUGUUGAUGUGGGGCCUUCAGGGGACGGUGUAAGGGCCUCAGGUGACAGGAAGAUGGACAAUGAGGGUGACCAGGUGAAUCACACUAGUGAUACAGGUAACCUGCCAGAGGCCGGCCAAGAUAACAAGGCAGAGGGCAUUGAGACACAUGAGAUAAGCUCAGUAAGUGGAGAUCACUCCGUCAGUACAGAGAUCAAUGAUAAUAGUACAGAGUCUAGCUCAGAUAGCACUUCAUGUACGUGUACUGAUAAAACACAGUGUUCAUGUGUGAAUAAAAAUAUACACAUAAACACUUCCCCAUGUUUAGGUGAUGAUACCUCAUGCAUAACGCUGUCCAAACCAGCAGUGGGGCAGGAGUGUUCGUGUGUUAAAUCUAAUAAUGAAAAAGCAUCUGAAACAGAACCAGAAUCCCCAAGUCAUUGUGCUGUAAUAGACAAUCAACCUGGAUGUGACAAUAAACAAGUUGAACCAAUAUCUGUGAAUAACUCAGGUGUGUCAAACUGUGAUACAGGUAGCCAAGGUGAUGCUACCACAGAUCUCACUGCCUGUCAGCUGGAGGUGAACAGUACAUCCAAUACACUGGUAAACCUUGGAGCUUCAAAAACAAAAAGUCACAUUCGCAUGGUUUCUCACACCAUGCCAAACCCAGAGACCAAACUCCGUCAACCUCAGACUCUGGUGAUAAACAUCAACCACAACAAGCAGACUGCCCAAUCAGAUAUUGGUUAUUUAUCUUCCAAGGCAGACGACUCUUUAGUGACCAGCUCAUUAUCUAAUUCUAAGGAUCUGUGUGUGGAGACUAGUGACAAUUGUCCUGGAGAAUCUGGGUCUGAUAAACUGAAAGAUCAUGAUGAAAUGAAAGACAUAUGUAGUGCAGACUUUCAGACAGCCAGUGUAUCACCAGUUCAGACAUCUGCUGGGCAAGUCUCCAUGUCACAAUCUACCUUUGUAGAACAAGAUCAGGUGUUGGAAUCAGAUAUGGUGGCAAAAUACAGCAGUGUUGCUCAGGAAGGAGAAAGUUGUGAUGAUAAUGUAAUUUGUGAAAAAGAAAUACCGCAAAUUGGAGAUGAUAAGCUUUGUUGUAAAAAGCCUAUAGCUUCUACAUCAUCACUGGAAAAUGCUAGCAGUCCUGAACUUGUUGAUAUUCCAGAGCAAGCUUCUGAAAAAAUGUUCGAAGAAGAGCUUUUCAAAGAAAGCAAUGACAGUAGCGCAUUUGAUGACCCAGCAUUUUCCAAUUCUAGUAGUAAAAUUUUCUUAAAAACUCAACCUUGUUUAGAAACUCAUCAAAUAAGUUCAUGUUUGAAACCGCUUGUACAAUCAGGACGAAGUGAUGAAACCAGUUCACCUGCUUCUGCAGAUCAUUGUUAUGCAGGAUUAUCAGAAAAUGUUACAGAACCAAAACCUGUGAGGAAAAGUAUAAGGUUACAGUCAGCUGACAGCCUUGUCAGUGAUCUAUCUCAGGACAGUGGUUUUGUCGAGGUUUCACCAGGGACUCCAAGUGGGAAUAAAAUGUUUCCAAAUAGGCUAAGUGACACACCUGUUGACCAGAAAAUGGAUAGUGGAAGCUCUGACUCAAGUCCUGAAAAUGUAGAAAUUAAAGACAUUAAAAACUUUCUUGUAACAUCAAGCUCUGCUAGUAUUUUAAGCCAAGAUCUUAGCGACGUCAACAAAACACGAGAUGCUAUCAUUGCGUUGAUGCAGCAGUCAUCUUCAGACAAUGGAGUGACAAACUUGCAUCCAGUACCAGUGACACCUAUCAAGUCUAACAAGGUAUCAAUUCCAAACAAAAAUGUGUCUCCGAAAGUAGGGAAGUACCGUAUUGGAACAUUUGGAUCUGUAAGUAAUUCAGCUAUGGGACUUGAGUCACCUAAGAAAAGACAGUCAGCACAGGUGAUCACUGCAAAGCAGUCAUCUAAGGACUUAGCAAACUGUACAAAAUCACUACUAGGUAAAAUCAACGCAUCAGGAAGGUCUAUGAUGCCAUGUAUUGUAACUAGUGCUAAUAAUGGACCACAGGUAACAAUUCAGGAUUCAUCAGUUUCUGUUGAAUCUCUGGAUAUCUGGAAAGGACAUGUGGAGCAUGAUCAUGAUUACUGCCUCCCACCUGAGGCAGAAUCCUCCAGCCCACACCUCAUGGCAAAAUUGUUAAAGGAUACCUCCAUGAAGAAUGUUUUAAAAUGCGGUGGAAGAGAUAAGAGAACAGAAUCUAGUGAGUCUAAUGGUAGUACUAGUAAACGACCAAGGAGAGUGAGUCUAUCUGGUCGACCAGACUUACCUCGCAGUAGUAGUGCAGAGUUAUCAUCCCCUAGCAGUCUGUCAAGUUCUCCAGUUGAUUUUCCAGUUGUACAACCACAUAUGACAGCAAGACAAAGAGCUAAGGCAGAAAAGGCAGCAGAAUAUGUCAAAAUGGGUAACUCAGACUCAAAGUUAAAAAUUACUGGUAAAUUCCAGGAUGACUACAUUUACUUUCUUAAUACAAAAGUGCGCAGUAGGCGAAGGACAAAUAGUCAAGAUUUGCCACCACAGUUACCUCCUGAUAGGAUUGUUGUACCAACUCCUAAACCUGGUGACAUAGUGGUACCCCAUUUAACUGAUGCAGACCUUGAGGCCAUAAGACUUGGAAAACAUGCUUCAAUCAAAUCUGCAGCUUCAUCAUCUGGAUUAGGAGGUCUACCUGUGUCUGCCUCUUCAUCUCAAAGUCUGAAACAGAUACAGUCCUCACCUUCUAUCAUGGUGACCGCUCCUCCCGUAUCGGAGACCACAAAAUCUAGUGUGUCAUCUACUGGUCCCAUGUCUGAUGAAGAAAGUAAGAUCAUCAAUACCAUUUUGAGUAUGGAAACAGGUGAGAGUACAAGCACUACAUCUUCCUCAAGUAUAGUUCCAGAUGUAGGAACAGAGGUCCCUAGCUUGUCCCUUCCAAAUUCUGAUAGUUUUAACUUCCUACCGGAGCAAAUGAACCUGACUCCGGAGCAAUAUGAAAUCUUGUACAGUGCUAUGGAUGAAGUACAAGGGUUUGAUGACUUGGACUGUGGCCCUUCUUCUCCCACAUCGCAGUCUGAAAUUUCCGAGGAUACAACCACACCUACAGAGCCCAUGUGUCCACAAAGCAGACCAACACAAGUUCUGGCUGCUAACCCAGAGCAUUCAUUGCAAGGCGGGCUGGAUACUUCAACAUUACCCAACCAAGGACAGAAGGUUCCAAUGAAAUGUUCUACCACAGUUGACAAUCCUGUCCCAUCCACUUCACAAACAGAUUCGCUAGAGCCAGCCUGUGAAAGUCAACCUAAAGUAGUCGUCCCUAACCUUGUAAGUGAACCACCAAGCCAGAAUUUAGUGAAAUGUGAAGACAAACCACUCACAGUGAAGACAUUGUUACAGGCAAAUGGAGCUGCCAAGUCUCUCCUACAGUCAGGCAAUACUUCAGAGAGAUCACGAACAGGACAACAUUCUACACUGACGAAUAUGGGUCCAGCCACCACUGUCCAGUCUUUGUUAAAGACUGAUCAGUCAAAGUCACUUCUAACAUCAGACAUUCCCGGUCCCAGCUCUGUCAGUAGCAUUCAGGAUCUUGCAUUUACUUCCUUGGAUAAAUCUUCAACACAGGACCUCCCUUUUACCUCCCUUGAAAAGUCGUCAUUAGAUCUCUUUGAAAAUGACCUUAAAUUGUUUCCGGAUUCAACGGUCCCUGACAACUCUAGUCCUUCUACCAUUCCACCCACUGUGUCCCCAGCACCCCCUGCCACAGACUACAGUGCCCCCUGGAUUGUUACUGUUAGUAUGUUCUGGAAUGAUUUACCUGCAAUUAUGAUUGAUAAUUUACCAUUUGUUCGUUUGGUAGAUAUUCAUAAACAAAUCUUGCCAGCGAAAGAUACAGGAAUUCUGAAAAAGAGGUGUCAACUACUAGGAAUUUAUGUAGGUAACUGCUCAGAAAUGCAGCGCUACUUCCUUGUUCAGUAUGGCAAGGCAUUUAACUCCAAAAGCACCUUGAUUGUGGGCAAAAACGAUGCCAAGAUGUUGAUAGGAUACUAUGUUAACCCUGUUCCCAAAACUUCACGAGGAGAGGAAUCGCUGGUAGGCCGCAGUGUGGAGGACCGUGUGGGACCAUCAAGGUUCUCCAAGGUCAGAGGAGGAGCCAAGGUCAAGGACCACAUUGCAGAGCCAAGGGUGCUUGAAGUACUUCCAAUUCUGUCAGACCCUGUAUCAGCACCUGAGGAGAACGAUAUCCCUGUUAGACCAUUACCUCUUCAGGAUGUUACUGCAACCAGGACUGCAGUCUCUGCAUCAUCAACAGCAGAUUCAGUGUCAGCUUCUCAACCAGGACGUGUAUCACAUAGGACCAGACAUAAAAAAAUUAAUUUCCUUGAAAUGUUGAAAGGGGAUGCCAAUAAUAAUACUAGUUUGGUGGAUAAUGUGACCCCCCAAGGCUCUUUGCCUGGUUCAGAGGAAAGUGUGUGUGAGGGUACUUCACCUAGUAAUGCCACACCAUCUGAGGAAAGUAUAAACAAGGAAAAGAUAGCGAAAAAGAAUGUGAAUGUAAAAAAUAUGAAAAUAUCAUCUGGUAAAGUUAAGAAUAAGAUGGUGGUCAACAGAGAUAGGGUUAAGGUCAAAAAGGGCAAGGAGCCAGUAUCUGAGGAACAGAGUAUGGGGGAGAGUGAAUGUGAGAACCGUGUAGAAGAGGAAGAGGAAGAAGUAGUGGAAGGGCUCCGUGAAAAACUUCCAUUCUUCAUUGGCAAACGAGGGGCUAAGGAUAAUGAUCGCGAACAGAUGGCAAAAAAAUUAAAAAUCAUGAAAAGUCGAAAACCUGGGGCUUUAAAAGUAAAGUGGAAGAUUUUUGGAAAAUCAAAUAAUGCAAAAAGAGUUGUGUUCAAUAAAGGAAACAACAACAAAACUGAGUCACGUGCAGAAAUUUUGGCUGUCAUUCAUAAGGAUAUGGUGCCAAGAAAUGGACACAAGCAUAGAAUGCAGGCAGGCAAUGUGUUUCUGGACCAAUACAAUAGGAAGGACUCAACCUGCAUCAGAUGCUGUACAUGUAAAAAGUUGCUAUCUGUUGAUAUGUUCCUCAUACAUCUACAUGAAAUCGGGGGAAGUGGUAAAUUGUUGUCGGUCAGUCAGCCCCAGGUUAUAUCUCUCAGAGACUCCUACCCAUCAGAAACGCAGAAAAGACUUUGGGAGAAUUUCCAAAAGAGGAGGCGGUUACACAGUAGUAACAGUGAGCGCUCUAGGAAUAGUGCUGUGGAAAGUGUAGACCAGGUACAGCAGGAAAUAUUACCUGUGCCCAGUAAAAAGGUAGAACAAAGGAAAAAAGUGGUUAGUGAGAGACUGGCAAAUCCAGCAAAAGUCACCAUACGACACUCUAGUGUUCCUGCCAUUCAGGCUCCUGUGACACUUAGUAAUGGCAAUGUCAGAAUUAGUGCUAGAAAACGAAAACAGAAGCAGCUAUAUCCCAUAGAGAACUACAGCUUUUCACGCAAAGGGCACCAGAAAAACCUUCCUAUAGAUUCAGAUGGAGAUGAGCCUCUUUCUCCGAAUGGACUUGAGGUAAAUGUUGAUGAAGGUGGCUCUCCCACCAAGAUCACGAGACUUCUACCCCCAGUGUUGGAAAAUGGUACAAGUGUAGGUGUCGAGAGGGUCGUACCCACUGUCAGCCAAGGGAGUGUUCUAACCCUGGCUAAUGGACCGGAAGUGAUAAGUUUUACAGCCCUGCAGGAGGAUGAGGCUAUGGACAUGGAAUAGAUGUGAUUGUUUUUUAUAGUCUUCUUAUUGAGCUGUUUCACAUUCAGUUGUAAGUUAGUUCAAAUUGACAUCACUUGCGACUGGUAUUUGUUUCUAAUUCCUUGUGUCUAUUCAGAACCAAAUAUCAAGUUUCCUGAAACUCGUCAUGUAGCAGUUCAGUAUAAAUGUGAUUUUCAAGUUGCAGUGGGUAUGUGUUUAUGUAGAAGGGAGCAUAUACACAUAGAAUAAUGCAAUAUUUUUUUCAAAUCAAGAUUAAAUUAACAUAUAUGUUCAGUUGGUUAUUCUAGAAAUCAAAUUAUGGAUUAACGUAAUCAUUAGUAAGUUUUUGGAGUUAGGUUUGAUUGACGCAUGUUCAGUUUUGCAACGUUAUUUUUGUUCUGAUAACACAGUCAUAUUGAUAUUGUAAGCCAGUAUGACAGACUAUUGAAUUGUCUUAACAUUAUAAAAAUAAACCGUUUCGUGUUUCCUUUAAAGGCUUUUGUGACAUUUUGGUACAUGUGCAUAACACUGUAUAUUAUGCAGAAAAGUGGUCCAAUGUAUAGGCAAAAAAGAAACAUGAAAUUAAAUUUAUCCCAGCAAGUAUUAA